AUGGCCAAAGAAAAGACGACGUCCGAGGAUAACUACGACGCUAGAUUGCCUGCCGUGCUCCCGUUCGCGCAACCAUUGGCAUCUAAGAAGUUAAAUAAAAAAGUGUUGAAAACUGUGAAAAAGGCUUCCAAGGCCAAGACCGUGAAACGAGGUGUCAAAGAAGUGGUCAAGGCGUUGAGAAAAGGUGAAAAGGGACUUGUCGUCAUCGCGGGUGACAUUUCUCCAGCAGACGUGAUUUCUCACCUUCCGGUGCUUUGCGAAGAUCAAGGCGUUCCAUUCAUCUUUGUGCCUUCCAAACAAGACCUUGGGUCCGCCGGCGCGACCAAAAGACCCACCUCUGUCGUUUUCGUCGUUCCUGGCAGCAAUAAGAAGAAGGAAGGUAAGGCCAAAGAGGAAGAGUACAGAGAAGCAUUUGACGACGUGGUCAAAGAGGUCAAGGCUCUUUGA